AUGGGCGAGAAUCCUCAAUAUCCACAACAAACUUGGGCAUACGCUUAUGACCCAAAUUAUAAUCAAGCGCAAUACAUUCCACCUCCACCAGGAACGCAACCAGACUAUUCUUCAUAUUUUCAAAACCCUACCGCCUCGCAACAAGCUUAUUACACUUAUCCUAACACUGCACAAGCUACAAAUUCAACUUAUCCUCCUGGUAUAGUUCCCGAUUUUAGUGCUCAGCUUUCUAGUAACGCACAACCCGAUCCACCCGGUAAUACUUAUAUUGCUGCGUUUGAUCCAAAUAAUUAUUAUCAAACUCAAACUUACGCUGCUGCUGUUUAUUCAAACCAACCGACUGCCGCCUCGCCAACUAUCACACCAACAGUUACCACCACUUUUCCCGGGUUUCCAAUUCAACCUGCUCCUCCAGGUACCAUCAAAGAAGUAACUCCUGCUAUCAGUGUUCCGACUACUAUCGCAAACAUCACACCAUCUCGUACAACAACAUCGGAUAGAUCUUCUACAAUGCAAGCUUCUACGAAUCUUUUUUCAACUACGGGCUCAUCUGCAAUAAAUAAAUCAAAAGACGCAGAACCUAAACCUUUUACACUGGAUAAAGUACAACAAACCACUUCAGGAAUAGCUAAUUUAAAUGUCGGAUCUAAUGUACAAUCCAGCAAGGAAAAAACAAAACAUAAACCUGCUUAUCAUCCUAUCAAAAUGACUAAAUUAUCAAAGAAAACUCCCGGUCGAAAUCCCUUAGAUGAUUCAAGAUCGGGACCUUCGACUUCUGCAAAUCAACAACGUCAAAAGUCUCCUGCCAAAGAAUCGAAAGAACAAUGGCCCGAUAGCUUAAAGGAAUACGUUAGACGUAGCUUCGAUGCUGCAGGGGAAAAUAUUGAUGCAGUUGAAAAAGAAUUAAAAGAAUUGAUUAGUAAAAAAUUGGAUAAUCGGGCGAUGUGGUCAACUGAUUGGGCUAGCAUGAAAUUACCAGCGGCAUGUACAGAGAAUGCCGAUUCAAAAGCCGACUCAAAACGAAAAGUUGUAAGGUCGCCAGAAAGACCAGUCCAGAUAGAAGUUGAUAUUGGCGAACAAUCAAAAAGGGAAAAACGUCUUAAACGAUUUGGGGGAGCAGAUGCAAGUAAUACAUCUGAGCGCCAAGAGAUACCCCCAUUUAAUAAUCUGGACGACAGCAGUGUAGCUAAUCAAUUCAAAAUAAUAGUUGGUACAAGCCAACAAUUAGAAAAAAAUUAUCUUCGGCUUACUUCUGAACCUGAUCCUUCUUCUGUCCGACCUUUAGAAGUUCUACAGAAAACAUUAGAAUUUCUGAAGGAUAAAUGGAGAGAAGAGCAAAAUUAUACAUACAUCUGCGAUCAAUUCAAAUCGUUGCGACAAGAUUUAACGGUACAACAUAUACAAAACGAGUUUACCGUUAAAGUCUAUGAGACACACGCUCGAAUUGCCCUUGAAAAGGGUGAUCUAGGUGAAUAUAAUCAAUGCCAAACACAGUUAAAAACGUUAUAUAAACAGAACAUAGCAGGUCAUAUAAUGGAAUUCACGGCAUAUCGUCUUUUAUAUUUUCUACAUACCAAAAAUAGAUCAGAUAUUAUGAAGUUAAUCGUCACAUUAACUCCAGAAAUGCGUAAUGAUCCAACCAUAAAACAUGCAUUAGAUGUAAGGUCUGCCUUAGCAACUUCAAAUUAUCACAAAUUUUUCCGGUUAUAUAUGGAAGCACCAUAUAUGGGCGGUUAUUUGAUAGAUCAUUUUGUUGGUAGAGAAAGAGUCGAUGCAUUGUUGGCUUUAUGUGAAGCAUUCCGACCGACUCUUGAUCUCGAAUUCGCCACAAGAGAACUUAGCUUUGUCGACCUUCAAGAAUGCAUCAAAUUCCUAAAAGAACACAAUGUUGAGUGUAUCACAGAUGAUCGUUUUCUCGACACCAAAAAAGCGGAAGCUCCUCUUCGUGCAAGCAGUAUGAAGAACUCGAAAAUCGAUAUCAAAGGGCAAAUUUAA